AAACACAUUACAAGUGCAAAUGGUGUCUCUGGACCUGGGGCAGUCUGGAGCACUAUAAAAGCCCGUCCAACAGCAGGCUUCCUCAUCGACUUCUCUUGCCUUCUCCUCCUUCGUGAACAAGGUGCACUUCCAUCCCGCAGCCAUGUCCUGCUAUGAUCUGUGCCGUCCCUGUGGCCCGACCCCUCUUGCCAACAGCUGCAACGAGCCCUGUGUGCGGCAGUGCCAGGACUCCCGGGUGGUGAUUGAACCGUCUCCUGUGGUGGUUACCCUGCCAGGCCCCAUCCUCAGCUCCUUCCCCCAGAACACCACCGUGGGAUCCACCACCUCUGCUGCUGUUGGCAGCAUCCUGAGUGCUGAGGGAGUGCCCAUCUCCUCUGGGGGCUUCGGCCUCUCUGGCUUUGGUGGCCGGUACUAUGGCAGAAGGUGCCUGCCCUGCUAAAGCCCAUGAGGAAGUCCAGUGAGUGCAUCAACCGGGAAGCCUGAAGCCAGAUUCCAAACUGAGGAUGGAGCUGCUGGCUGGGGUUUCCAGAUGGGCUGAGCACCCUUGUGCCCUCCUGCAGACCAGAGAGGGAAGGCAGGGUGCCAGCCUGUACUGUCUGGAAACACGGCCAACAGAUACCUUCUUCUCUCGUUUUCUUCUCUGCACCACGAGUCCUUGUUGUCUCCUGCUGUCCUGUGCCAUGGGUUCAUCCAGAAGAAAGUGUCCUGUUCCUUCUCCCUCUUGCCACAUGAGGGAGGAAGACAUGCAUCGCAUGUGGUGAAGGGGUGUCUGACUGCCAGCUGCCCUUGUGGCAGCCUGGACCAGAUUCCUUCCAGCAUUCACUGCUUUGAUUCUUUCUUCAUACCCAUUAAAGUUUAUGCUGCAUUGUAA